AAAGCCCACAUCAAACUGUCUUAGUGAGUAAGUGCGGCUUAAAAUUCUGCCCUAGAUUUGUGCACGGUGCUCAAGACAUUCUGCUCAGAAUGCUCCUCCAAUCACCUUGAGCUCCUUCAGCAAUCCAAAGAAACAAAGCAGAAAAAACGAAAAGCGCCAUUCUUGAUAAAUACUAAUACUACCAAACAACGAUGAGCUCCAUGGCAAUGGGUUGAGAAGGCACUGGCCAGGCAUGGCAGUGAAGAACGUGGCGUCGAGGCAGGAGAGGUGAGCCGAGCUUGUGCUGUGAGCAGACCUGCAGCUGUGUGUGUGUGUGUGUGAGCGUGUGAGAAUGGUCCUCGCCGCUCUGCGUCCAGGACAAUCACAGAAACCAAGCAAGGUUUUGUGAGCUGAGCUGGACGGGACAACCCACAAACAUAGCUUGUAGAGGGUGGAGUCAAUGGGGAGAGCAGACGGCGGUGACUCGUUUGAGCACUCACGAACUUUAACUUAUGAAUUAGUCUUGCUGCGCUGGUACCAACGCACCAACUGCCCAUCAUUAUGCGCGCAAGUACCCUACUCUUCUCGCGCGCUCCCGCUCCCACGCGUCACUUACUCAGCUGGUAGUGCAAUUACUUGGAAAGGAAAAAGGAAAAAAACAAACAAACAAACAGCUUGGGUAUAUCAUUGUUCAACUUCUUCUUCCUCACUCAUUUCAACUUCAUGGUUGGAAUGUUUCUAUGCUAUGCGUCUUGUGCAUGCUCUCCAUUGUUGUGCUAUUCUUGUGUUGUAUUCCUGGCGCCGUCACGGAUUGGGGAUAUUCUCAUACUUGCGGCAGCUUUGAGCUGCUUGGUUCAUUGUUAGUUCUGCGUCACAACGGUCAUCUCGCGGGGGGGCAGUAAUUUUGGUGCAGUCUCCAUGCUGGAUUGGCGCAUGUCGUAUCGAGUCUGCUGCUGUGUGACUGGGUUGUGGUUGAACAUAUUCUUUUGGGUUGGCGAGUGAACCGCCUACAGCACGCGUCCUGUCAGCCGCCGCUGCAGCUGAUGGGCAUCGGUCUGAGAGAGGUCGUGGAGCAGAUCCGAUGUGCUUGAUUUACAGAGCAGAUUUGAGAAAUGGGAAUCUGGCAGCUUUUUGCUCAGCUGUUUCAUUCUAUGUCCUGUGUUGCCUGAAGCUCUGCGUGUGGCAACUGCAGCGGCGUGCGGCGUGCAUCGCACAUAGUACAUGUCGCUUGAAAGCAAUGGUCUUGGACGUGCACGGUUGCAGGGUUGAGAGCUCCCACCAAUUUAUGCAUUCGCCUGACAACUUACAUGAGCUGUAGUUGUUUGAAAAAUGGUCGAUACAUACAUACAUGUGCUCGAUCCGAUUGCGACUUUGCCGAACGCUAGCUUCAGUGACAUGAGCGAGUAUUAGAGCACUCUUGUUAGACGCCAAGAGAGCUGGGCGAUGAUGAAACUGUAGAGGACAAUGGCGGACCUACAGUCAAUGUUGUUAAGAACUAGCUAUCCUUGAUCCUCUUCCCAUAUUUUAGUACCUGUAGUGUAUGCACCAACGCGGUAUCAGUUUCGAUUCAUCGCCAUUAAGCAGUGCUGGCAAUUUGCUUUGGCAAUCUCGGUUACGGACAUUGGCCAGCUUGUCAACUACUCAUCGUUGUGAUGCGAGUCUCAUGAAGCCCGUGGGAGAGGAUCCCUCCUGUGGAAUUCUCUGUGCUGAACAUCGACAAUCCUCAAAACGCAGCCAGAAGCAAUCCGACAGGAAUGAAACAAGCACGAAGUUCUCGCGGUGGUUGCGUGUCAUCGGUCGACUUUGGAGAAAGAAUGAAGUGCGGCAGGAUUGCACCUUUCAAGAUAAGGACGAGCCGUCCUCACUCAGGAUCGUAGAGCAAAUCAAGCCGACCCCGAGGAAGGCGGUCGAGCCCAGCUGCGACAUCCGACGGAAGCGUAGCCGAUAUGCUGUGCGAUAUGCGGCACAGGUGCCUUCCGAAGAGGCCCGGGUAUCACAAGAGCUAGCACGAGUAGCUGACACAGCCAGCAAGCGGAAUCCAUGCAAGGAUUUGUCAGGUAUUGGAAAGUCUCAUUGGGAUGGCGAGCACAACGAUUCCUCCAUUGGCCAUGGCGAGCUCGUUAAGCCAGGCUUGGUGCCCAUGCCGGGUUUCUGCACCUCAAAUGUAGACCAUGGCGAGGGUCUAGGCCACCAUCUCGACCCAGUCCCAUCGUUACAUUUUAUUGAAAACCUACAGGAUACGAAGAAGCGUUUGUUUCUGUCAGAGCAGGUGGAUUGCGACGACCUUGCACAAGAGGUCAGGAUAAUUCGAGAGUGUGAGAAUGUCGUUGCAGAGCUUUGCGCAAAGAAAGGGAAGGAGCAAGGGGUGGUUGCUGCGGAGGCAAGGUUGCUGGCGGAGGAUCACCCUGUCGCACGGGCGACACUGGCUACUCUUGGAGCCAUCUUCCCGCUAGUCGCAAUGCUGGACUCCAGCUCCAUGUUCUGUGCGCAUUCAGCUCUUCUGGCACUUCUCAGCCUAGCCGCUGGCAACGACCUCAACAAAGCUGCCAUCGUCGACGCAGGCUCGGUCCCCAAGAUGGUGACCUACCUCCAAAACCCUAAACCAUCAAUCCAGGAAGCGGUCAUCGCGGGCUUCCUGAGCUUAUCUGCUCUCGACCGCAACAAGCCCCUUAUCGGCGCCUCGGGGGCUGUCCCCCGACUUGUCCAUGUGCUCAAAUGCGGCUCCACUAACCGCAUUCGCACCGACGCGCUGCGAACGCUUUACAACCUCUCUCUUGCGCAAUGCAACAUCAAAGUUCUCGUUGAGGGGGGCAACCUUCGAGUCAUACUCGAAUUGGUGAAGAAUCCUCCGAACGCCGAGAAAGCUCUGGCAGUGCUGGGCAAUGUAGUCGGUGUUGCAGUCGGUCGCAAAGCAUCUAUGGAACUCCCAGACGCAAUUGAGACUCUGGUUGAGAUUCUCGGCUGGGGCGAAUACCCCAAGUGCCAGGACCGAGCCGCGUAUGUUCUCAUGGUUGCCGCACAUCACAGCUACGCUCAUCGACAAGCUAUGGUGCGAAAGCGAGCCGUCCCUGCCCUUCUGGAAGUGUCGCUCCUCGGCAGCGCGUUAGCGCAGAAGCGAGCUGUGAGUAUUCUGGAGUGUUUGCGGGAGGAUCGAGCACAAGGGCGCCCGGUGUCAGCGCCCAUGGGACUGCCCCCGAGAGGCACCCAACAACAGCGGCUGUACAUGAUGCGCACAGACAGCUUACACAACAUCGGUGAGGGAGAUAUCAACAUUGUGAACCGUAUGGCGCAGCAGAGCCUGGAGCAAAACUUGCUGAAAAUUGUGCGCCGGGCUAAAAUUCCUGUAGCUGCGGAUUUAAUGAAAGCAGACAGGAUGAGAUCGCUUUCGCUCCCGGGACUCUCAAGCCUGAAAAGUCUCCCGUUAUGAAUUUUUUAUCUGGUUGUUGGAGCGCAUAGAUAAUACAGGCAACAGCUCUGACAACGGCUUCACAAUCUAAGGGGUACGUUUGCACUGUUGGUGUUCUGAGUAGCACACUUUUUUUUGUUUUUUGUUUUUGUUUUUUGUUUUUUGUUUUGUUUUUGUUUUUUUUUGCGACUAAAAACACCAAUCAAGAGAAUUGUUAAGUCCAGUCCGUUUGCAUUGCCUCAACUGCGUUCCGGAGGGUAUACAUGGAGAACGCGCCUGGAUCUAAUGCAUGAAAAUGAAAAUCUGUAUCGAUGAGUAGGAUUACUCAAUCACAAUCUUGAGGACUUAACCCAAAUUCUGCAUAUCAUUCUGUAUACUCUUUAACUCUGGAAAUUGGCAAUCUUACUCACAUUGCAGUGGCUUGAAGUCCAGCGCUAUGCUGAUCCUGUAUGGAAUUAUGCCCCAAAUUGAGAAUAUCUUUGUUCUGUGAACACCAUCCCAAGGUGCAUGAGAAAAUGUCAGUCUCAUUUGCGUUGCUGAACUUCUGCACUGUGUAAUGCCAGAAUCGUAACGUGGUUGUUGAGCUUGGUGUGCAAGUGUACAGGUGAUUAACAUCGUCGAUUUCUUACGAGUUUGAUGCACCAGCGCUGUGAUGGAGCUAACGAUUAUAGCCUAUUGUGUGUAUAUGUGUUUAUAUCAAUUUGUCUAAAUCUUGCACAGCUUCCAGAGGAUGCCUUCCAGUUAGUUACCACGGUGGGGCUGAGCUUGCCAGACUCAAUGCACUGGUUGCAUGCCAAAGGGUCUUCAUUUCCAAGCAAUAGAAUGGUUAAAUAAUUUCAAUAACUCAAUAAUUGCGACAUUGCCACCACGUCGACACCCAGUCUUGUGACUUACCAGCCUCGUGUGAAUAAUGAAUUAUUCAAAACUAUUAUUGCUUAAAAUCUGGACUUUUGGGUAGGCAGAAGAUACCAAAAUAACACAGUUUGUUUCAUGUUGACUGUUUGGUAGCCGGUACUUGGAAAUGGACGAGUAAUUUAAUUUCCAAA